AUGGCGGCCCAAGGAGAGACAGCUUUUUCAAGUUUUAUGACUGAGGUCAAAGAAAUAGAGACUAGAGACUCUGUAUUAACUGGUCCCCAACAGAUUGAAAGGUUAACCAGACCAGGAUCAAAGUAUUUAAACUUAAAUCCAUAUGAAGUUCUUCAAAUACUACCAACUUCAUCAGAAGAGGACCUUAAAAAACAGUAUAAGAAGCUUUCACUUUUAGUUCACCCCGAUAAAAACAGAGAGGAUCUUGAAAGAGCACAGAAAGCAUUUGAUGCUGUUAGUAAUGCUUAUAAAACAACACAAGAUCCUGAAAGAUUACAGAGAAUAAAAGAAAUAUUAGAUGAAGCUAAUGCAAUGAUCGUAGAAAAGAUAAAGGAAAAAAGAAAGGAAGCAAAAAUAAAAGGACAAGAUUCAAUAGAAGAAGAUGACCCUUUAAAAUUUAGAAAGUUCCAUCAUGCAGUUACAGUGAAGCUGUUUGCCGACUAUGAACUGAAAAGAGUUGCAAAGGAAGCUAAAGAAACAGAAUUAAGAAAAAGACAACGGGAAGAAGAACUCAAAGAAGAAGAGGCUACGAAGAGAAAAAAGGAAUGGGAAGAACAGUGGGAGGAAAGUAGAAAUGAGCGAGUUGACAGUUGGAGAAACUUUAAAUCCACGGACAAAUCAAAGAAAAAGAAAGACAAAAAGUCAAGGAAGGAAUUCAGGCCACCUUCACUAAARCCUGAGAAACGUUAAUACCUCAUUCUGUCUUUGUUUUAUGUACUACUCUUUUAUACUUGAACUGGAAUGAAUGGAAACACUGUUCAAAACAACAGCUGCUUAACAUUUGGAUUUUGUAUACAAUGCAUACAUUUUUUUGGAAGGUUUGUUAUAAGAUUCUCAUUAUUGAAACAAUAGGCCUUUUGCAUCAAACAGUCUGAUGGAUGACUUUGAUAAUAAAUCAAUAAUUGAA